AUGUUGUUGCCGACCCCAACCCCCACUCUCUCACGUUUCCCCACUCCCCCUCUUUCUCUCCCGAUCCCAUCUGGGUCGGGGCACCCGAUCCCGCCGCCGUCGUUCGACCCCGCGGUGCUGCCCGUCGCUUUCGCCCAGGGCCACCUCGCCGGACCACCGCACCGCCGCCUCCGCCCCGCAACUCCUCCCCCUGUCCUUGUGCCACCGUCCUCGGCCAGGACCUGGCCGGAUCUCGCGCCUCCACGUUCUCCAGCACUCAUCCCGGACUCCCCCUGCAUGGAUCCGGUCGGGGCCAACCGCCGCUGCCUCUACCUUGAUGCCAAUCGCCGUCGCCAGACCCCGCCGCCGCCGCCACCAGACUGCCUCGCCCCCAUCGCCUCGUCUUCGUCUCCUCCUCGGCUUCGUCAUCGCGCCUCGCCGGACCCCCAGUUCAUCUACAACGGGGAUGGUGGACCCCUGGAACCAGAUGCCACCGCCGACGGAUACUACUACAUGGAGACCGCCGAUGGCCAGGAGUAGUUAGGAGGUCAUAGGCAGGUGGCCUUGCCUCUUCGAU